AUGGUGUCCAUCUUCUACACCAUCCUGAAUAAGUUAUGGACCUUCAACACGAGCAAAGAUAUGAAUACAGCGUCAAUUUCCAAUGUCAUGGGAUCCGAAGCUUCCGAAAGAACAAUUGUAGUUGCUGGUCUUCCCAUUGGUUGUUUUAGUGAUCAAACAGUGGCCAUAUUAGUGAAGAUUCACUUCCAAGAUAUUAAGAAUGGUGGUGGAGAUGUUGAAGCUGUGAUUUAUCCAACAAGAACCAAGGGAGUUGCAUAUGUAACAUUCAAAGAAAAACAAGUUGCAGAGGAUGUCAUCAGAAAAGAGAAACACCAUCUAGGGAAGACUUUACGGGCUCAACUCACAGUCUCUUGUUUUAGUGAAAAGGUCUUCUGUGCUGUAAGUGCUAUUCUUGAUCUCUCUGUUUUUCAAAGUCAAGUUAUUUUAGAAAAUCUGACAAGGGACCUGAAAAAGAAAAUCCCAACUUUAUGCUUCAGUCCUUUGCAACCCAAUGGAAGAAUCUCUGUUCAAGGAUCGUUUCUGGCUAUCAAGAGGCUCAGAGAAAUUUUAUUGUUAAAAGCUCGUUCUCUAAUAGAAAGAAAGAGAACUAUUAUCAGUGAAGGAAAAAAGGGGAGUGAUGAAAGCCCUAAAAGGCAUGUACAGCGUAGCAGUAACUCAAUGGAGUCACUGAGGACUUCAGUACAUGAGACAGCUGGAAGUGAAGAAACACUUGUUCUCGACACAGAUGUUUUCCUUUACUUGAAACAGAAGUGUGUAUGUUAUAAAAACACAUUGAAAAAAUUUAAUGUUCUAUGUCAAGAGACAGUGGAUGGUGAUAUUUCUACAAUUUGUCUAAAAAAUGCUCAAGGUGGGUCUCAGCCCAAUAAUGUAAAGCAUGUAAAACAUCUCAUUGAGGAAUAUUCACAUUGUCUUCAGUUUGAACUUAGAAAAGAGACAUUUGUUUUGGAAGGAAAGGAAAAUAGAGAGAAAAGAGCUAUUAAGUUAGCAUGUGAGCAACAGAGAUCAAGGUACCUUCAAGUGCUGGUAAAUUUUUAUAGGACACACAUCGACAUUAUAGGAACUUCUUCUGACACUUACCUAUUUAAAGAGCAGGUAAUGAAAUUAAUUGGGAGAAAGGUGAGUUUAUAG